GAAAAUCCAACUAGGAAAAGCGUCACACAACGUGUUCAUCACCACUACUGUUGAGAAUUGCGUGAUAAACAUUGUUCUCCUUGCAUACGUACAUGCCUGAAAAUUCUGAUCAAGUUCAAUAUGCACCUUACAGUCUACUUGCUCGUAUCACCAUCGACAUGGACUUAGCACAAUCACUCGAAAAUGCCACCAGCACACAAUCCAUCCGCUGCAUUGACAUGCACACCACCGGCGAACCAACCCGGAUCGUCUACUCGGGCUUUCCAUCGUUAUCUGGGACCCUACUAGAACAGCGCGACCAAGCAAUGCGCGACCAUGACCAUGUCCGUCGACGAUUGAUGCUUGAACCGCGUGGUCAUGAUGGCAUGUAUGGCGCGAUAAUCCGGCCGGAUACUGAACUCGUUCGGUCUGGAGAGGCUCAUGUCGGCGUCCUGUUUAUUCAUAAUGAGGGGUUCUCGACAAUGUGCGGGCAUGCUACUAUCGCACUAGGGAGGUUUUUGGUUGAUACGCAUGAUCUUGCCGUUUUCCCGCGGCGGGAAGAGCUGGAAGUUGAUCCAGAGACACAAACGGUUGGUGUCAAUAUCCAUGCGCCUUGUGGAUUGGUCAGAGUGACCGUGCCUGUUGCCCCAAAUGGGAGAAAGUCUGAAGCGUCGCGGCCGGUGACUUUCUUGUCCACGCCGGCUUUUGCUAGUGCGAUUCUGUUAAAGGUACCGAUUCCGGCUGAAAUUCGGUGGCCGGAGCUUGAUAAGAAGGACUCUAUUUGCUUGGAUGUCAGCUACGGCGGUGCAUUCUACGCUAUUGUUAAUGCGUGCGAGCUAGGAUUCUCUAAUGUCGACCCUGGAAUCAAGUCUGCGAUUCAGCACCCCGAAGACGAGCGUUUAUCCUUCUUGUACUCUGUGAUGAUCGUCGAUCCCAACACGGGCUACAAAUCAGACAACGUGGUCAGCGCAGAGACUGGUCUUUGCUAUUUUGCUGAGAACCAAAUCGAUCGAUCUCCCACGGGAUCUUGCGUGACAGCGCGGAUGGCCCUUGCUCAUGCAAAGGGAUUAAGGCCCAUUGGCCAACGUUGGGCAUAUAACUCUCUUGUCUCGAACCAUUUUAAGGCGGGUGCUUUUAGCGCUGAGAUUGUCAAAAAGGCUACGAUAGAUGGACCAGAGGGGAAACCCAUUGAAUCUGUGGUGGUGCAAGUAGAAGGUCAAGCGUUCUACACAGGGACGUCUACCUUCGUCGUCGAGGACGGCGACGUGACUUCCUCGAGUGGGUUUACGAUGAACAUUGUAGCAUAG